CGGGCGGGCGGCGGGGCGCGGGCGGGGGCGAGGCGGCCGGGAGGGCCGCCGCCCGACGGGCUCGGGUGCCGCGGCCGCACGCUGAGGGGGCGUCGCCGCCGCCGGCCCCCGGCGCCGCCGCGGGAGGCCGCGCCCGCCAUGGCGGCCCGGGCGGUGCUGGACGAGUUCACGGCGCCCGCCGAGAAGGCGGCGCUGCUGGAGCGCAGCCGCGGCCGCAUCGAGGGCCUGUUCGGCGUGAGCCUGGCCGUGCUCGGCGCGCUGGGCGCCGAGGAGCCGCUGCCCGCGCGCAUCUGGCUGCAGCUCCGCGGGGCGCAGGAGGCGGUGCACAGCGCCAAGGAAUAUAUUAAAGGAAUCUGUGAACCUGAACUAGAAGAAAGAGAAUGUUACCCCAAGGACAUGCACUGCAUUUUUGUUGGAGCGCAGAGCCUGUUUCUGAAGAGCUUGAUUCAGGACACGUGUGCCGAUCUCUGCAUUCUGGACAUUGGUCUUCUUGGCAUCAGAGGAAGUGCUGAAGCUGUGGUCAUGGCUAGGAGUCACAUUCAGCAGUUUGUAAAGCUCUUUGAGAAUAAUGAAAACCUACCCAACAGUCAGAAAGAAUCAGAGGUGAAAAGGGAAUUUAAACAAUUUGUUGAAGCUCAUGCAGACAAUUAUACAAUGGACUUGUUGAUUUUGCCCACUUCCUUGAAAAAAGAACUUUUGACACUGACACAAGGUGAGGAGAAUCUGUUUGAAAGAGGAGAUGAUGAUGUUAUUGAAAUUAGAGAUUCUAAACAAAUGGAGUUUUCACAGAAAGCUGCCACAGGGCUGAAUAUUUCCAGAGAUGAAAUUGUUUUGCAGGAAGAUGCAAGAAAUAAAGCUGGGACUCCUGUUUCUGAGCUUACAAAACAAAUGGACACAAUCUUUUCUAGUUCACAAGAAGUACUUUUUGUUCCAGUUAAUGGUCUGACCCCAGAUGAAGAGGCACUUUCCAAAGACAGAGUAUGUCACAAAAGGAGAUUUUCUGAUUCUGAAGAAAGGCAUACCAAGAAACAAUUUUCUUUGGAAAAUGUUCAGGAGGGGGAGCUUUUACAUGAUGGUAAGACAGUAGCUGGAAAUGUAAUCAUUGACCUAUCUGAUUCUUCUACUGAUCCCGAAAAUUUAAGUCCAGAUAUAAAAGACACGACUGAGGAAAUGGAAUACAACAUCCUCGUAAACUUUUUUAAAACCAUGGGCUAUUCCCAAGAAAUUGUUGAAAAGGUCAUUAGGGAAUAUGGGCCAUCUACUGAACCAUUAUUGCUCUUAGAGGAAAUUGAAAAAGAAAAUAAAAGAUUCCAAGAAGACAGAGAAUUUUCACCUGGUACUGUGUAUCCAGAGACCAACAAAACCAAAAAUAAAGGUGUUUGUAGCAGCGUAAAGGAGCUCACAACGGAUUCCACUCCAAAGAAAACACAAACUCGCACACAGCAAAAUAUGGUAGAAAAAUAUCCUCAGUUACCGUUCAAAGUAGAAUCAAAACCAUGUACCUCAAAUGGCAGAAUUAAUACUUUCAGAACAGUGCCAAUAGAACAGAAACAAGAAAUCUGGAGUUCAAAUCAGAACUACGUUGGUAACAUAGACCUCGAAACUGAUGGCCUUUCACCCUCUCUUGCCCCUUCAAGUCCCAAAGAAGUUGUCAGUUUUGUUUCAAGAGGAGCUUCAAGUCACCAGCCCAGAAUUCCAGUUUUUCCUGAAAAUGGUUUGCAGCAGCAAGCAGAACCUUUGCUUCCAAAUAAUAUGAAGUCUGCCUCUGAAAACCGUACGGGGUGUUGUAGCUCUCCUCAGUCUAAGCCAAGUUGUCCGCCCCUUUCUCCACCGAAGCCGCUGCCCCAGCUGUUACCUUCAGUUGCUGAUGCAAGGUUGGCAGGACCUUCUGAUCAUAUUGAUUCCUCGGUUACGGGGGUUCAAAGGUUUCGAGAUACUCUGAAAGUACCCUACAAGCUGGAGUUAAAAAAUGAACCAGGGAGAGCGGAUUUGAAGCACAUUGUUAUAGAUGGGAGCAAUGUUGCAAUUACCCACGGUCUGAAAAAGUUCUUUUCCUGUCGUGGAAUUGCAAUUGCGGUUGAGUAUUUUUGGAAACUUGGCAACAGAAACAUCACUGUCUUUGUCCCACAGUGGAGAACAAGGCGUGAUCCUAAUGUCACAGAACAGCACUUCCUAACCCAGCUCCAGGAGCUUGGAAUAUUAUCUUUAACUCCUGCACGGAUGGUCUUUGGAGAAAGAAUUGCUUCUCAUGAUGACAGGUUUCUGCUGCACUUGGCGGACAAAACUGGUGGCAUAAUUGUAACAAAUGAUAACUUCAGAGAAUUUGUGACCGAGUCCGUCUCUUGGAGAGAAAUCAUUACAAAAAGGUUGCUUCAGUAUACCUUUGUGGGGGACAUAUUUAUGGUUCCUGAUGAUCCUCUGGGAAGAAGUGGACCUCGAUUAGAAGAAUUUCUUCAGAAGGAUGUCUUCCUUAGAGACAUGCAGCCCCUACUCAAUGCCCUGCCAAGUGUGGGCAGGUUUGACCCCAGCUUCAGAGUCCCUGGCACCCAAGCAGCCAGCACCAGCCACCAGCCCCCGGCCCGGAUUCAGGGCACCCCACCCAGCCACUGGCUUCCUCAGCAGCCCCGCUUCCCACUUCUGCCCAGCCUUCCCGGCCUCCGGCAGAAUCUGCCCAUGCCAGCACAGAGAUCUUCUGCGGAAACCAGUGAGCUGAGGGAAGCCCUUCUGAAGAUCUUCCCUGACUCAGAGCAAAGACUGAAAAUCGACCAGAUCUUGGUGGCCCAUCCGUACAUGAAAGACCUGAAUGCGCUCUCUGCCAUGGUGUUGGAUUGAAGGCUGUCAGGAGCCAGGGCUCGGGGCUCAAGGUCACGCUCAAGCUAGUGUCUGCACGGGCAGCGGGAAGCGACGUAAUGUGAAGAAAUUGAUUUCCCGGUGGAAGUGCUGUUGUGCUGUACAGAAGAAAAACAAGCAGAUGUUUUGUGUAUAAAAAAUCUGGGUUUUCAAAACCAGCUUUUUUCUAUAUAUAAAUUAUGCUGCUAUUACAGAUUUAACAUUUUCUGUAAAAGGAAAGUCUACAUUUUCUGCCUGUUCAGAACUGUUUAAUAGCAGUUACUCUCGAGUGUAUUUACAUUUUUAUGUUUUUUAAACUAUUUUCCUUAAAGCUAAAAAUAUUGACAAAUGGAUAUGAUUAGCCUUUCUAAAUAAAAAAAAAAGAGUUGCUUUCUUAGGGAAAGCAAGACCUCUUAAAGUAUAUUUUCUUGGGAUGACUGUGUCACAUCCACUGACAUGAAGUGUGCUCACCCCUCCAGCCUGCUCUGCCCUUACCCCUGGAACUCGAGUCGGUAGGCGUGGGUCUUGCUCCUUUGGGGUCUUUCAUUUGAGCCGUUUGUGAGAGUGGACAGGUGGUGCCACUAGAUGGCACCUUGUGCCUAGCCACUGCUAGUGACCAGGGCAGAGUCGGACUCACAGAAUAUCAGGGUGAAAAGAAACUUCAGAACGCACGCAGUCCAACCCUGCUCUCCUUCCACCCUACAGAAGAGGGAACUAGGCUCAGAGUGCUCACCCUCUGGACACACCCAAGUCCACAGCUGUGGAGCUGGUGGGCAGGGACCAGACUCCUCAUCCAGUGCUCUGGCACACUCACCAGGCUGAGGCCUCGCUAUACCUGACCUGACUUCAGAAGUCACAUCGGAGCCUCUGAGGAUAAUAGUGGGUUGUGAGGAAGUUUAAUGAAGAGCCCCAUUAUUAUGGUAAUUUGGUGUUCACAACCGUGGGAGACUCCCCAUGUGAAGUUUGUGCAACUUUGCCAAAAAAUGGUUUUCUAUUCUCAAGAAUGACCCAAGCCAAUAAAUAGCAUUAGUAGCUUCCAUGGGGGCCCAGAGCCCCUGUAUUUAUUUUUCCUGUGUUUGUCUCUUAGUGCCCUCCCAAGCUGCCCUUCCUAUGAGUCUUUCUCAGCAUUGAUAUCUUAGUCUUGUGUUUUCAGUGUUGCCCAGAUUCCGUGUCAGUGAAGCUCUUUUCCUGGGUAAUUAGUUCUUGACGUCUUUACUGUUCUCUGGACCUCCAAAGGGCUCUGUAUUUUAUACCUAUUCUCUCCCCGGGCUGCUCGCAGUCAGUUUCACAUCUGCCCUGUGGAUCAUGUCUCCUGACCCUCAGAAAUGGUUGCUGAGGACACCGUCCUGAUGUGUUCUUCGUGCUCAGGGGACUCUGUUGGCCACAAGCAGAGCUGGGUGGCUCCUAGGAUGCUCUGUCCAGGCAUGUUCGAUCCCUCGGGAUGAAUCCAGAGUCCUCCGGGUGGCUAGACUUGUACUUGAAUCAUGUUUUCUCUUGGAUGCCUUUAAGAUGCAUCCCAGUGUGGACCUGGUUGUCAGCUGUUGCUUUGCGGCAGGUUGCCUGAGUCACCCAGCUGUGGCCGUGGAAAGAAGGCUUGAGGAGGGCCAAGAGAUGACUUCAAUCACAGCCCCCUCAGCUUCUGAACUGGUGGUUUUUAAAAGCACAGCAGACCUGUGAGGGCUGGGGCUGCCUCACAGUGACUCUGACCUUCUUUCUGGGUCAAGGUUUAGCCUGGCAGCCUUGCUAGUCCAGUAUUUCUCCUCUGUUUCAGAGGACCCAGGAGGGCACCUUGAUUGCCAAGGCUUAGCCAUAGGUCUUCCUGGACAGGGGCUGAGCCUCCACUGAUGCCAGAUGGAUCUGGCUAGGCCCUAGGGUUCAGGAGUUUUCUAGGCUCUAGAAGUGACUUGAUCUUUGAAUUAUGUACGCCUAUGUGUUCUUAGCAUUGUUUCUGAGAGCUCUACCUGCCCCUUUCCUCUUCCUCAGGUCUGGGAAGGAAGGAUGCAGAAGACUAAGUGGGAGGAGUGCAGAAAAGCAUUAAUUACUUACCUGGAUGAAUUAUAGCCUGAAACAAUUCACAGUUCUUUUGAAAUCCAUUAAGUUUAGUUAAAUUUAAUAUUUAAAAACUCAGUUUACAGAUCAUUAAAAAACAAGUCAGUACUUAUUCUCAGCCUCCUCUCAACACUAGGCUCAGUGUUGAUCCUACAUAAAUAUUUCUAGAUGGUCUCCCUCCCGUGGUAGGUUUCUAAACUACCUUGGAAGUGUCAGCAGCGAUGCUUCCUCCUUCUGUGACUCCUUCAGGCUUUCGUGUGUAGUGGCUCUGCACCCUGUGGGUCAUGGCAUCCUUGUGAAGUAGGUUGCGGGGCAGGGGAUACCACCCUCCUUCAGUAGUCUGGUGUCUGGUGCUCAGAGAAGUUGUCCAGGGUUAAAGAACAAGUAGGUGAUGAUGCUGAGUGAUUCCCGGGCCUACAUUCUUUCCCAGGCCCCAGGCUGCCUCCUCUGGGAGAAGACACACUCGUUUGACUUUUCUGUCAAGUAGCCCAUGCUUGAGACCCUACAAGGCUGCCAGCUAGGAAAACAGUAAGAAGGUGUCUCAGCCAUCCUGGAGGACAGGUCAGCGUUGUCUGGCAGGCUUUGCUGUGGCUUGGUGGUGGUGCCAGGAUUCAGGCCUGCUGCAGCUUUUGAUAUCAGUGAGAGAAGGGGUGGCAUCUUGCUUGCUUUGGCUUGUUGUGGCACUUGUGGAAUAUGAUCCAGACAUGGAAACCCAUGUUCUCCAUGAUGCUCUUAGCACCCCCACCACCACCCGGUUCUCUGCCCCUCCCCCAACCAUGGGAAAUGGCCCCUGGCACUGGGCCCCUGAAGGUGGGCCUUGGCACUCUUCUCACCUCAGAUCCCAGCCUGCCUCCCACACACCUCCAAGACAUGGCCUUCUUUUGGGAAUCCCUUCCCACUUCCUCCUCUCCACCAGGGCUUCCAUAUCCUCACCUGGUCUUUCUUCCUGUGUCCCUGGCCACUCUCCUCUCAUCUCCUAACCAUGGUUCGACUCCCUCCGUUUCUUCAUUAUCUACCUCCCCAUUAUUCCCCACGUAUUUUGGAUCCUUUAGAUUAAAAUAACCUGAUUUCCCCUAAGAAUCAUCUCUGUUCAUUGCUUCUUUCCCUCACCUUCCCACUCUUCAAUUCCCAGUUUGCAAACUUGGCCGCCUCCUCACCACGAGGAAAUAUUCUAGAAGUCAUGGGGGACCGCCUAAUUGCCGAAUUCAGAGGCCUUUUCUCAAUCCUUAAUCUUAGUGUCGCUACUCAGUGACCAUGGCAUUGGACAUUGUUGACCUUGUUUUCUCUGUUUUCUGAGAUUUCCAUCACUCCUAAACGUUCUUCAUUUCUUUUCCUUCUUUUGCCUAAAAGCCAGUCCUUAACACCCUUCUCUUUCUCAACAAGUGUUUUUUAAACUUUGGACCAGCUGCAGCACUCAUGGCGGGGAGGGUGACUCUUACUAAAAAUGCACAUUACUGGGCAUUACCUCCAAAGAGGUUUAUUUAGGAGCUCUGGAGUAAAGUCUGGAAAUCAGCCACUUCAGCAGGCUCCCUGGAUGAUUGCCAUGCAGGUGGUCCAUGGACCACAUCUUGAGAAACUCAACUCACCCUUAGGGAUCACCACUCUUCCCUAACUCCAGCUGUCCCCACUCUGCAGUGGACUUCUGAUCCCUUCUCCAGCCCUGCCCUGCCCUUCAGGAGUGUAGUUUUCACUAUGCCUGGGAGCCCUGAGACAUCCUCAGACUGACUCCCCAGACUGUCAGCCCGCGUCUGUUCCUCACUGUCCUCCCCCACCCUACCCUGCCACAAGAUCCCCUAAUCCACCUUGUCCCUUUCUUGCCAUUGCCCACCAGUCAGGCUCUCGUGGCCUCCCUGUAGGCAUCAGCCCACCUUUCAGCUGCCCCUCUCCUGCCCGGACUCCACAGCGCUGUCAGAUUCAUCUUCCAAAAACACAUUUCUCGUCACCCCUCUUCCUGUUCAGUGAUCUUCGGUGGCUCUCUUGACCAGAGCACGAAGUUCAGACCUCCCUGAGCUUAAUAUCCUUGGCUGUCCACCUCCAGGCCGUACUCGAAUGCCCACUUUGUACAGUCCUACGCACGCUCACUGUAGCCACACCCCCUUCCUCAGCUACCUGUGGGCUCCUGCCUCUGCGUGGACCUCUUCUCCCUGCUAGAAAUGCCCUUUCUCCCCUGUGGUUUCCCCUUCAAGGGCCCAGCCUGAGUCCUCUUUGUACCCUUGCCCAAGCCUUCUGGCCAGAAGCAACCCCGUGUUGUUCUGUGACCCCACAGCACUGUGUCUUGCUUUCGGCACUUGCCACUCUGGCCGGUGUCCUGCAGCUGAUUGUGUACUAUGUCUUACCUCCCUUUCUAGACUGUGAGCUCCUCGCGGGCAGGGACUGUCUGUGUUCACUCUGUAUUUCCCAUGGCACCUAGCACUGGCCUUGCACUUAAUAGGUGCUCAAUAAACGUCUGCUCAAUUGAC